AUGAAGCUUGAAAAGGUGGAAUUGAACUCCAUCCCGGUUUGGGUCACUCUCACCAACCUUCCUUUUCAUUUUUGGAAUGUGGAGGCCUUGAGCUCAAUUGCAAGCGUCUUGGGCAAGCCGAUAUCCACGGAUAAGAUGACAAAGACUCAAGAGCGACUAUCAUAUGCUCGGCUUUGUGUUGAGAUGGAAGCAGACCAUGAAUUUCCGGAUCAAGUGGAGGUUCAUGAUGAUGAUGGCCUGGUCUUUUACCAAAGAAUUGUAUAUGGAUGGAGCCCUCCUCGGUGUAAUAGUUGUAAGGUUUUUGGGCACUCAAGUGGGCAGUGUAGCGUUAAUUCUAGCAAGCAAAUGACGUCCAGCCGGAAAGAGUGGAGGGUGAAGGCCGGCAAGGGGCCUCAGCUGGCCGAAGCAACUAGUGGUGGUGGCACUCAGGCUGUGCACAAUGGAGGGGCUGGGCAGCAAGUUCAAAUUUCAAAUUUUGAGAAUAUUACAGAUGGCAGAUCUGUUGGGAUUGUGUCCUCCACAAAUAUGGAAGCUCAAUUAGUGGAGGAUCCUAGCAUUACCCAUUCUAUGGAGAAGACUGCUGGAGUUUCAAAAAAGUUACCAAGUUCAAUCCCAAAGAAUUUGGCUGACAAGGGGAAGAAGAUUGUACAUCGCAAUGCAUUUGCUUUGUUGGAGGAUCUAAUGGAGGAAGUUCCCUAUGACCCCACUGAAUUAAUGUUGGAUGCUGACUCAUGCAACGUCCUUUUAGGAAGGAUUUAG